GUGGAGGAGAGCUGCAGAGGACUGAUCACCCAGUCAGGUUCACACCUUGUUAACACCACCAUUUAGCUUUGCGCUACAUUUCGCCGAUUAUUGACUUACAUUUGCGACCAAAUAGCACCUCUUUAUCGCUGUUUACCGAUGACCUGAACGGCGCUAACGGAUUUCAUAUAAAACGCUCCUGAUGUUGAGGUGUUCAUUCAGUCUCUUCAGUUGAACACGAAGUUUCCAGAUCGACAUGUUUUCCGCCGUCGUCUUCAUCUCCAUCGUCUCUAUAGCUGGCCUGGUUAACUCUAGGCCUUCUAUUGACUACUCAGAAAACCGAUUUCCAGUGGAAAACGAAUCGAAGGAGGUUCGUUUGGCUGCUAUUAAACGCCUUUUGGAGGUUUUUGGGAUGGAGGAUCCUCCUGCUUCUCCUGGACGAGGACACAAACAGCCUCCUCAGUACAUGCUCGAUUUGUACAACACUGUGGCGGAUGUGGACGGUGUCACCAAAGACCCUACUUUACUGGAAGGAAACACAGUACGCAGUUUCUUUGACAAAUUACACAGUCAUCAGGUCGAGUUCAUGUUCAACUUGUCCACUGUGGCUAGAAAUGAGAAGGUUCUUACAGCAGAGCUGCAUCUGUUCAAACUGAGACCUCAGGCAUCUCUCACAUUCAACAGACAUCACUUCUGUCAGGUCAGUGUCUAUCAGCUUCUUGACAAUGCUAAAUUGAACGUUUCACAAGGAAAGAGGCUCGUGUCUUCAAGACUUAUUCCCGUUCAUUCUAACGGCUGGGAAGUUUUCACCAUCACACAAGCGGUCCGUACUUGGAUGACAGAUGAGAACAGUAAUCUGGGUCUCAUGGUGACUGUGCGGACUCUGGCAGGCAUUCAGCUGGACAUGAGGUCUGUGCGUUUUGCCUCAGGGCACAGCCACCAUCACAGCAAGCAGCCCAUGCUGGUCCUCUUCACUGACGAUGGCAGACGUGUCACACCUCCAGAAGGUGUUCUGAAAGGAUCUGAUGAUUCAUCAGCAAGGCCCAAGCUCCCUUUGCCCAGCCUGACACUCACAGUCCCUCGUCAUCGCAGUGCUCGCUCCCUUGACUAUGACGAAGACCCAGAUAGGAAGCCUUGCCAAAGAUUGCCACUCUACGUUGACUUUGAGGAGAUUGGUUGGUCUGGAUGGAUCGUGUCUCCCCGUGGCUACAAUGCGUACCAUUGCAAAGGGUCCUGUCCCUUUCCCCUGGGACAAAACAUGAGACCCACAAACCAUGCUACAGUGCAAUCCAUCAUAAACGCCCUCAAGCUCACCAAAGGCAUAGAGACACCAUGCUGUGUUCCCGACAAGCUCUUCUCGAUCAACCUCCUGUACUUUGAUGAUGAUGAGAAUGUAGUUCUAAAGCAGUAUGAUGACAUGGUGGCAGGAAGCUGUGGUUGCCACUGAGAUCAUAAAUCUGUAUAUAUUGUGUAUUUAAAAAAAAAACAGUUCAGAUGUAGGAAGUAGGAAUGUGUUUCACUGAUUAUACAAAAUAUUUAGGGUUGAUCAUGAGAUUUUGCUACUCUACUGCAAAAUCAGAAGCAUUGAUGAAUAGUGUGUGGUAUGAUGUAAAAUCUGGACUGGAACCCAGCUGAUAUUACAGACUGCUUCUUUGUAUGAUAUGUAAAUAGACAUAAAUACUAAUAUAUGGAGGAGCUUGAGUGGGGGACUGUAAAUUUGUAUAUUGCAUGUGGUGAACUAUUAUAAA